CAAACCCCCCAUGCAAUUCCCCCAUGACAAACGUCCAUAUAUCACUUUAGUUCACUACUAGAAAAAUCCUUAAGCAAUUUUCCUUAGCUUCUUUCAAUGAAGACUGCUUCCAUAAUCUACCUCUCUUUUCUUAUCUUUUGUUUAGCAACCGCACAACAAACACCAUGGCCUAUCACUCUUCUUAUUUUCUCUUUCUUUGCUUUCUCUUUGAACUACUGGUUAGUUCCUGGAGGCUUUGCAUGGAGAAACCACCAUUUUCGUCAAAAACUUAGUGGUCCAUCUGGUUGGCCCAUACUAGGUAUCUUACCUCAAAUGGGUUCACUUGCUCAUCGCAAAUUGGCUGCCAUGGCUAGCUCGUUAAAUGCAACCAGGCUUAUGGCGUUCAGUUUAGGCACAACUCGUGUUGUCAUUAGUAGCCAUCCAGAAACAGCCAAGGAAAUCCUUUCUGGGUCUUCUUUCAGUGACCGUCCUAUAAAGGAAUCAGCUCGUUUAUUGAUGUUUGAACGUGCCAUUGGUUUUGCUCCCGCUGGGAAUUACUGGAGAAACCUACGUAGAAUUGCUGCAAAUUACAUGUUUUCUCCUAGGAGAAUCUCUACACUAGAGCCGCUAAGGCAACGUUUGGCUGAUGAAAUGGCGGUGGAAAUAAGAAAGGAGAUGGAGGAGAAAGGGAUUGUGGUCUUAAGAGGGAUAUUACAAAAGGGUUCUUUAAGCAAUGUACUGGAGAGCGUGUUUGGGAUCAGUUACUCCUGUUCUGAGAAGGAGGAGCUAUUAAGCGCCAUGGUUAAAGAAGGAUAUGAGUUGAUUACAAAGUUUAAUUUGGAAGACUAUUUUCCUCUAAAGUUUUUGGACUUUUAUGGGGUGAAGAGAAGAUGCCAUGAAUUAGCUGGUAAAGUUAGAAGCGUUGUGGGUGGAAUUGUGAGAGAAAGAAAAGCAGCUGAGGACUUGAAUAUUGGAAGUGACUUUCUUAGUGCUUUGCUUUCUUUACCUGAAGAGGAGCAGCUAAGUGAAUCUGAUAUGGUUCCUGUUCUGUGGGAGACGAUAUUCCGGGGAACAGACACAGUAGCCAUUCUUCUGGAGUGGAUUAUGGCUAGAAUAGUUAUGCACCAAGAAAUCCAAGAGCGAGCUCAGCAAGAGCUAGACACCUGCAUUGGCUUCAACAGGCAACUUCAAGAUUCUGACGUCCCUAAUCUUCCCUAUCUCCAAGCAAUAGUUAAAGAAGUACUAAGAAUGCACCCUCCUGGCCCCCUACUCUCCUGGGCUCGCCUCGCCGUCGAAGAUGUCCACGUAGACAAAAUCUUCAUCCCAGCUGGCACCACGGCAAUGGUCAACAUGUGGGCGAUAACCCACGAUCCAUCCAUCUGGAAGGACCCAUUGGAGUUCAACCCGAGUCGGUUCUUGGAGGAGGACGUGCCAAUAAUGGGUUCAGACCUAAGGCUUGCACCAUUUGGGUCAGGUCGUAGAGUGUGUCCAGGGAAGGCAUUAGGAUUAGCCACGGUGCACCUCUGGCUGGGGCGGCUUUUACAGCGAUACAAAUGGCUACCGGCACAGCCAAUAGAUUUGUCCGAGUGCUUGAAGCUCUCCCUUGAAAUGAAAAAACCAUUAGCUUGUUACGUGGUUGAUCGAUGGAGCAAAACGAUGCCGUGAGAGUGUUAUGAUGAAACAAGUAACUAAGUGUGGUAACAUGGAGUAAUAGUAAAGGUCGUACGUGUGCACUUGGUCUUAAAGUUUGUGUAAUAAACAUAUUGAAGCGGGUCAAAUCAAAGCAAAGCUUGUAUUAAUGAUGGCCAGCUUAUCUCUAAUUAUGUUUCAAUGUCUUCUUUAUAAUAUUAAUCACUCUUGUUAUGUUA